GGUGAACACACAUAGAAGACUAACAUAACUGUGUGGAAUUUGUAUUUGAUUUGAGAGCUUGUAAGAGCGCUCAUCAUGGAGAAACAGCAGAUUGUCUUGGGUAGCCGGAACAGUGGGACUGUGUCUGGUGCAGCACCUGCUUUUUUUGUCAUCUUGAAACAACAGCAGGGAAAUGGUAAAGCUGACCAAGGAAUCCUAGUAGCAAACCGUGAUGCUUGUGCUCUUGCCAGCAGCGUAUCAACUCCAAUAAAAUCCAAAAUCAAGACCUGCCUCCCAGCUGACUGUGUCUCAGGGGGCAUUACCGUCACUCUAGAUAACAACAGUAUGUGGAAUGAAUUCUACCAUCGCAACACGGAGAUGAUUCUGACGAAGCAGGGGAGGCGCAUGUUCCCGUACUGCCGAUACUGGAUUACAGGUCUGGAUGCCAGUCAGAAGUACAUCCUAGUCAUGGACAUAUCCCCUGUGGACAAUCACCGAUACAAGUGGAAUGGCCGUUGGUGGGAGCCCAGUGGGAAGGCAGAACCGCAUGUUCUUGGGCGAGUGUUUAUUCAUCCAGAAUCCCCUUCCACUGGCCAGUACUGGAUGCACCAGCCGGUAUCCUUCUACAAACUCAAACUUACCAACAAUACCCUGGACCAGGAGGGUCAUAUAAUCUUGCAUUCUAUGCACCGUUACCUGCCACGACUUCACUUGGUGCCUGCAGACAAAGCCACGGAAGUCAUUCAGCUCAAUGGCCCUGAUGUGCAUACGUUUACCUUUCCACAGACAGAGUUCUUUGCAGUUACAGCCUACCAGAACAUCCAGAUUACCCAGCUGAAAAUAGAUUACAAUCCUUUUGCUAAAGGAUUCAGAGAUGAUGGGUUGAAUAGUCGACCUCAGCGUGAUGUGAAACAAAACAAUAACUUAGAAUUGGAAGGAGGUGAUGUUUUUAGCGCUGCUAGCAUUCGUGGUCGCCCUGCUGAAGUUGAUGCAUUAGAUUUGCAUCAGAGAAGUUUGGAUUCUUCAUUCAUUGGUCAAAAUCCAUCAGACAUUGAUCUGGAAAAAGAGUCCUUUAAUGCAGAAAGGGACUUCUUGGGUUUCCUGGACACUGACAUGUCUUCGGGUGAUAUGCCAAAGCUAAAACAAGAAGUCUCUGAAAGUCCCAUUGCUAGCAGUUAUGAAAGCAGUUCCCGUGUGGCAUCCCCGUUGGACCCAAAUGGACACUUUAAUGUAGUCAUUAAAGAGGAACCAGUAGAUGACUAUGACUAUGAGUCAAAUAUUUGCACACAAGGAAUAAGAGUGAAACAGGAAGACACAGAUGAAGAAACUGAUGAGUAUUCCAACACUGAUGAUGAUGAUCCCAUCCUACAAAAACACUUGAUGAGACGCAGUGAAACAAGUGGAAUCGAUGGAGAAUUCAGGUCUAGGAAGCGUGUGCUAACCAGUCCUUCAGGUGUUGCCAAAGCAAAAAUGUUAAAACUGGAUAGUGGGAAGAUGCCUGUGGUCUAUUUGGAACCUUGUGCAGUCACAAAGAGCACAGUGAAGAUAUCUGAGUUGCCGCAGACCAUGCUCUCCUCUUGCAAGAAGGAUAAAUCCCCUUUGAGUGCAAUACUGGAUUCCUUGCCUGUGUGUUUUGAAAAUCACAAAGGCUCUUGCUCAGGCACAGCCAGUCUAACUGAGGAGUUAGUUAUGAAAAAACAGUCUCCUGGGAGUAAAAUGUCACAGAAAUACUCUUCAAUCAGAGAGGCCCACUGGGCUCUGUCUAAAUCACCUCAUUUUAAUCUCAGGGGCUCAGUAAGUUGUCCCUUUUCAGCUAAAGAGAUCUGUGGAAGAAAAAGGCCUGGCAUACUCAAGAAUCCUAUGUCGCUGAAAGGCUCUGGUAGCAAUCAAAACACUCUAUCAUCAGUUACAACUAAAAGAGGAAGGCCACGGAAACUGAAAAUUUCCAAGGCUGGUCGACCACCUAAAGGUAUAGGGAAAACUGUAAUAACAAGCAAGAACACCUCUCUGGGGCCUGGGAGUAUCCUUCCAGAUGUUAAACCGGACCUUGAAGAUGUUGAUGGAGUCCUCUUUGUGUCCUUUGCAUCAAAGGAAGCUCUUGACAUUCACACUGUUGAUAGAGCUGGAGGAGAAGAGUCGCAGAAUCUUCAGGCUCCCUUGUUGACUACAAAUGAUCCAGAUUGUCAAGCAAGAAUACAAGUACUGGAAAAGGAAUUGAUGGAAGAGCUGAAGACCUUGAGGCAUAAGCAAGUAAUACAUCCUAGCCUUCAGGAAGUGGGACUGAAGUUGAAUUCUGUGGACCCAACAAUGAGCAUUGACUUGAAAUAUUUGGGUGUGCAGCUUCCUCUUUCCUACUCAAAUUACUCUUUGUGGAGCUAUCCAGGAACCAAUCCCAAUUCUCCAGAUGCUGGAUUUCCUUUUGUUUCCAGGACAGGAAAGACAAAUGAUUUCAGAAAAAUCAAAGGCUGGCGAGGGAAGCUUCAUGGUGCUUCUAGAAAUGAAGGUGGCAGUUCAGAAGGUUCCUUGAAGAAUCGCUCAGCGUUCUGUAGUGACAAGCUGGAUGAGUACCUGGAAAAUGAAGGGAAGUUGAUGGAAACGAGUAUGGGAUUCUCUUCUAGCACUCCCGCUUCUCCUGUGGUGUAUCAGCUUCCCACUAAGAGCACUAGCUAUGUGCGAACACUCGACAGUGUUUUAAAGAAGCAGUCCACCAUAAUUCCAUCAACAUCUUACACUUUCAAGCCUGUUCCUUUAUCAUCUACCUCUAGGAAGACAAAGACUCAAAACAGACAGACAUCUACAAACAGUAGAGUAAAAUCAUCUUACAAGCCUAUACUGCCUUCACCUUUUUCUGCAAAGCAGAAACAGAACGCUUCAGCAUCAGGGGAAAAGGCUGCUAAGUCUGUCUCAAAUAGCAGUUUGACUAACCAAGCAGAUAGUUUUGUAGUGCCAGCUCUGGAUGAAAACAUACUUCCAAAACAGAUUAGUUUGCGCCAAGCACCGCAACAGCAACAAGCAGCUCGUCCACCAGGUCUGUCUAAAUCUCAAGUGAAGUUAAUGGACUUGGAGGACUGUGCUCUCUGGGAUGGCAAACCACGGACCUAUAUUACAGAAGAACGAGCAGACAUCUCUCUAGCAACCCUGCUUACAGCUCAGGCUUCUCUCAAAAACAAACCUAUCCACAAAAUAAUAAGACGACGAGCACCUCCUUGCAAUAACGAUUUCUGUCGACUGGGUUGCAUAUGUGCUAGUCUAGCACUGGAGAAACGUCAGCCUACCCACUGCCGCAGGCCAGACUGUAUGUUUGGUUGCACUUGCUUGAAGAGAAGAGUGUUGCUGGUGAAGGGAGGAUCAAAACAUAAGAAAAUAAUGAAAAAGGCUGUACGUGGAAAUCUUGUGUUCUAUGGAACACAAGAAGAUCAGCAAGAGGAUGAAGAUGUGGAAGAAGAGGGUGAUGGGGAGGAAGAUGAACUGAAGCAGAAAGAUAAGAAGAAGAGAAAAAGGGUGGAAUACACUAUCUGUGACUCGGAGCCAGAGCAGCCUAUUAGGAAUUGUCCAUUGUGGGUGAAAGUAGAAGGUGAAAUAGAUCCAGAGCCAAUUUACAUCCCAACACCAUCUGUUAUUGAACCAGUUAAAUCUGCGGUACUACCCAACCCUGAAGUCUUGCUUUCUAGUAAGCAUAGAUCUUCCAGUGGAACGAAACCAGGCCGAGUGUAUACUCCUAAACCUAAUCCAGUGAUUCGAGAGGAGGACAAGGAUCCUGUCUACUUGUACUUUGAAAGUAUGAUGACUUGUGCAAGGGUCCGAGCAUAUGAACGCAGGAGAGAGGAGAAAAAGCAACAAAAAGACAAAAGUGAUUCACAGAGUUCUAGUAUAAAGGAGCAUGAACCAGAGCUUCAGUCUCCUGAGAAGGUAACCUGUGAGAUAAACAAAGACACUGAUAAAUCAGGAGAGAAAAGCUGGUGGUCUUCCCGUAGUGAGGGGGACUCUUCCUCCACCUCCUAUGUUCAUCAGACCACUCCAGGUGGACCAACCAAACUUAUCGAGAUUAUCUCUGACCACAACCGGGAGGAAGAUCAUGAUAAGAUCUUGACCAUCUUAUCACAACGUAUCAACAGUAAUGCACCACAGUGCCUCAAAGUGGGUAGCUUCAUUAUUGAAUUGGCUUCGGAACACAAGGCCCAGGAUGAGAACCACCCUCCUGUCUACUCCUCCAGAGUGAAAAUUUCAGUGCCAUCCUACCAGGACAAGGAUGAGAAGCCUGAGAUACCUGUCUUGGAGACUCCUGAUAGCGGAGUGCUGUCACACAAAACCCCAGAAAAUCUAAAGUUCUUGCGGGCAGACACAUUGGACAAACUGCGGGAGAAGUUGCAUGGGGGCAAAGGCUUGCCUUUUUAUGCAGGGGUUUCUCCUGCGGGAAAGCUGGUCGUCUACAAACGCAAAGCUAAUAUGAGCCCCUCAGGCUUGAUUCAGGUUAAUGAUAAAAGGUAUCCUCAGGCCAAACUGCUUUUGGGACAGAUGGGGGCAUUACAUCCCGCCAAUCGGCUAGCAGCUUAUAUCACAGGCAGGCUGCGACCCACAGUACUUGAUAUCUCAACCCUCAGUACUGUGAUCUCCAAGGUAGCAUCCAAUGCUAAAGCAGCUGCUUCUGGGACACCAUCAGUCCAGGUGCCCACAACAUCAACUCCCAAAACUACAUCUUCCACCAGCACUACUUCAACCCCCACUGUGACGACUCUGAAAACCCAUGUCCCAGCACAGAGACAGAUAGCUGCCCGACCCUCACCUGGUGGUGUGUUCACACAGUUUGUGAUGAACAAAGCCGGAGCUCUACAGCAGAAGAUUCCUGGAGCGAGCACACGCCAGCCUCUGUCAGGGCCACAGAAGUUCAGUAUCAAGCCUACACCGAUAAUGGUUGUCGCUCCCGUGGUUCCCUCAAGACCAUCUCCAGCUCAAUGCACAGUCUCUCCUGGGGUCACUCCAGCCACCACCACUUCUCCAGUUACUGUGGAAAGUACCAGUGUGGCAGCAUCCACUGUGACCACUCCUAGCCAAGCCAGAGCUAAUGAACCUGUCUGCUCUCCUCCUGCAAUUACAGUCCCAGCGGCUCCUGCAACACCUGGAAUCAACACCUCUACUACUUCCUCAUCUACCACUCCUACUGCCACUGUGAACAUAGCAAAAGCAACGGGGAUUGUUGCAUCAGUAGCAACCACAUCAUUCCCUAAAACUGUAGUAACAACACCAACUGUUACUUGUCCUGUUGUCACAACAUCCACUUCUACAGUUGUACUAACAACAACUGCAACAGCUACAUCUGUGGUGACCACACCAACUUCCUCUGCUGGCUCUGUUCCGAUUAUACUAUCAGGAAUUAAUUCAAGUCCUUCACUGAAUCCCAAAAGAGAAGAUGCUACCCCACAAGCUAUAAGUAAGACUCCCCAGAAGAUGUCUCCUGGAACAGACAAACGCGUAGGACCUCGAUUGUUGCUGAUUCCAGUGCAUCAGACAUCUCCUGCUUUGCGACCGCUAAACAACACGCAGCUUGCUCAGAGGCAGAGGAUGAUCCUUCAGCCUCUCAGGAGCCCUGGUGGUGUGAACCUGUUCAGACAUCCUAACGGGCAGAUAAUUCAGCUUGUUCCUCUGCAUCAGUUUCGCGCUGCAGGUGCCCAGCCCAGUGCGCAGCCAGUGAUGUUCCGCAAUCCAGGAUCUGUUGUAGGAAUCCGGUUGCCUGCACCUUCUAAGCCUACUGAGUCACCUGUGUCUCCUACUUCCUCUGUGUCUUCCACUUCUCCUGCCACAAAUUCAGCUGUACAAAGUGCAGUACCCAAGUUAUCCCCUACGUCUAACCUAGCCACUCAAGCAUCUUCUCUUCUUCCUUCAGUAACAAGUUUUGUGUCACAGGCAGGCACUCUGACUCUGAGGAUCUCUCCUCCUGCUGCUAGCAGCGUGACAAAUCAAACAGCUUCUGAGUCUAAAAUAACCUGCAACUCGGGUGGUCUGCCAGCUACCACUGCUAAUCUCAUACCUUUACAAUCCGGUAGUUUUGCUUUACUUCAGCUCCCAGGACAGAAGACUGUGCCAAACUCCAUUCUUCACCAUUUUGCAUCUCUUCAGAUGAAGAAAGAUUACAGGAAAAUAUGCAAGAAAGAGGACUCAGGUGCUGCUCAGCAGAAGGAGAAUGGGAAGGCUUCACGCUCAGAUGACAUUGAAGUUACAGAGUCCGAGGUCACAGUGUCAGAUAGGAAACACGAAGAAAAUGGCACAAUCGCACCCGAUAGAAAUUCUACUACAUUAGAGAUGGUGGAGAAGGACUCAAAGGUGCUAGACAGUUCUUGUGAUGAUAGCUCUUCUUCUCAGCAUGAUGUUUCUGCAGAUGUCAUAUCAUCUGACCAUUCGUACAUCAGUGAGAAGCCAAAUGAUGAGGAAGAAAAAUGGGCCUCUGAGGAGAAAGAGGAUUCUGUCAGUUCUGAAACUGUAGCGGAGGCUGUUUCAACUAACUCUGAAACUGUUUGUGGGUCAUCAGAUCAGUCUCUAGUUGCUCGCCUGGGUAAUUCACAUCCACAGAGUCUCGAGAAUCAGGAGACUGCACAGUUGAAGAACCAUGGGAAGGAACAAAUACAUGCUGAACAGGAAGAGAAACCAGUAAAAGAGCAGGAAAGAGAUGCACAGGCACAGAUGAAGGAGGACAACAAGGGAAGUUCUGGGCAGUCACAGGGUCAACAAGAGCAAGAUGCACAGCUGGAGAACAAGAAGGAACAGAGAGGGACUGAACUGGCUCAGAACAAACAAGAAUGCCAGGGUGAUGCCGUGCAGCCAGAUGUGGAAAGGAAGGAGUACAAGGGCACUACAGAAACAGAAGGCAUAAGAGAGGAAAAAGGAGGAAAGUCUGAAAUCAGUUCUGCAAAAGAGCAGGAUAAUGCUUCAGGAGAAGAGCAUACAGUCAGUAUCGAGGAAGGCAAAGCAAACAUAGCUAGGCAGGAAGACAGUAACAACAAAGAACAAAAUGCUUUCAGUUCUCAGGAAGAAAUGAAAACAGGUCAUGAUAUUGUAACACAUGUCAACAGUUCUUGGAGCAAAAUAUCUAGCAUUGUACCCGCUUUAGAAAAUAAAAGCGAGGCGGAUAACAAAGGUGAUACAUCUGAGAAAAGUGACUUCCUGACACCAGAACAGAGGGCACAGGAAGCUGGGCAUCACAAAAAAGGUUACAUGCCCACUAUUGAUAUAACUGCUGAUGAUAUGGAAGAGGAAGAAGAUGAUGAUGAUGAUGAGGAUGAAGAGGAUGAAAAAACUGAUGAUUCUGCUGAUGAGAUGCUGGAUGGUGCUUCUGACUUCCCAAGUGAAGAGGAAGUAGAUGUUGAAAAAGUGGAUGCGUGUGAAUACAGUGAGGAUGACGAGCAGGUGGACAUUGAGACCGUGGAGGAGCUUUCAGAGAAGAUUAACAUUGCCCGUCUGAAGGCCACAGCUGCUAAUAUCCGACCUUCCAAACAGAAAUACCAUGCUCGUAAUUCUUCGGAUGAAAAAUUAUCAGAAAAACCUACGAAGCAGAAACCUCAAUUCUGGAACAGAAAGCUGAAGACUGAGGCAGAAGCCUUUGCGCAUUACCGCCAGACACACACAGCAAAUGAACGCCGGCGACGUAAUGAAAUGAGAGAUCUCUUUGAAAGGUUGAAGAGAACUCUAGGGUUACACAACCUUCCCAAGGUCUCCAAAUGCUACAUUCUCAAGCAAGCCUAUGAAGAAAUCCAAGGAUUGACUGAUCAGGCAGAUAAACUUAUUGGACAGAAGAACUUACUGACACGCAAACAGGAUGUUUUGAUUCGAAAAGUAUCCACGCUUUCAGGGAAGACAGAAGAGGUUGUCCUGAAGAAGCUAGAAUACAUUUAUGCCAAACAAAAAGCAGUAGAAGCACAAAAGAAGAAGAAGCAAGCUGAGCCAGAGGAACCUGUUGUAACUUCAACUGCUAGCACACAGCAAGAAGGAUCUUCUGCUCCCUCCAGAGACCUGGCCCAAAUGGCUAUGACAAAUAGAAGAGGCAAACCAUUGAUACUCGCCAGAAAAGGAAGCCGUGCCACAGAGGACACCUCAUCUUCUCUCACACUAACUGCUGCAAGCCUAGUGAUGACUCCACAGGGGCAGGUGCUUACACUGAAGAGCCCACUGGUACCAGGGCAAGUAGCAGCUGUUCCUUCCACACUAUUGCAAGCUGAAUUAAAGCCUCGAGCUGUCAGUACUACCAUGACAGCGCAGCCAGGUAUUGCUUCUGUGAUGAUACAGCUGCCAGGAUCAACAGUUCCUGUCCAAGUAAAAGGAAUCCUAACUAACUCUACCAUUCCCAUUACGCUGUCAACUGUUGCUGGAAACCCAGUGCCCUCAACAGUAGUAUCAGCUACAGAGCCCCAUUCAGAAAGCGAAGAUUCAUUCAUGAUGCCAAAGAUUGUUAACGUAACAUCAUUGGCUGCUGAGGGAAGCAUGAGUCUAAACCUGAACAGAAACAAAAAUUCUAAUAGAACAGCAGCUGCAGGUGCUCAGGCUUCUGAGAAAUCCUUGGUUGUAGCACCCCUUGAAAGUAGGAAGAACGAUAGUGUCCUUUCAGAAGAAAAAGCCAAACCAUGUCCUGGAGACAGUGGCGGAGACGGCAGAAAUACCACAGGUCCCACAAAAGUUUUCUUUGAAAAUAAAGAUGGCUUUCCACAGCUCCGGAACGUAUCGUGUACAAAGGAACCUCCAGAGUCCUUUAGCAAAAAGCUCUGCAUUGGUGAGUUUGUAGGAAGCCAAGCCAGGAGGAAAGACAGUGAUCCUGGAGGGGAAAGAUUAAAACCUAAAGAAUUGCCAUUCCGCAAGCUGCAGAUCAAAGAUUCCAGGAUAGAAAUGGAAUUGAGGAAAGUAGCGUCCGCAAUGGAGGAAGCGGAACUGGAUGCUGGUGAGUUACUGAGUGGCAUUGAGGAGAGCGAUGACACUGAUGAAACCCUCACUUCACUGCUCAAUGAGAUUGCCUUCCUCAAUCAGCAGCUGAACGAUGAUGCUUCAGCUAUGUCAGAACUGCCCAGCACUCUAAACUCAGAUUUCUCUCAUGAAGAUGCAGAAGCUCGUCGGGGAACAGCCAGUGAUCUCACUGCUGCAGAUGGGUCUUCCUUCCAGUUUGGCCAUUUGGGAAGUAGUUUUAAGGACCUUUCUGAAGUUCCCGAGGGGGGUGGCUCUAUAAGCCCUCUCCUGCUGCACCUGGAAGAUGAUGACCUUACUGAUGGGGACAAGAACUCUGGGGAGCCUUCGUCUGAAGCAGAUGUUUUAAAGAUAGUAAUAGGUGCUGAAAUGAAGGAUCCCCUUCCCAAUCUGUCCGUAACCAGUGGUGGGAAUGGCAAAACUGUAACAGCCUUGGCAGAGACUGCUAAUGUGACUCCACCAGUUUUGCAGAUGAAAACUAACCCAGAAGCUAGUAAUGCUGACACUUUGUGGAGGCCCAUGCCCAAGCUGGCACCACUUGGCUUAAAAGUGGCAAGUCUGCCAGUGGACUCAGAAGGGCAGAGUAAUAAAGUGAUGCCCUUAUUGGCACCUGUAGUUGCAAAACUGGCUCCCAGUGGGGUAAAAACUUCAUUACCCGCAACUGUUCAAGAAGGACAGGAUAACAAAGUGAUGCCCAUGUUAGCACCUGUGGUUACGAAAUUGAGUACUACUGGGACCUUGCCUUCAAAUUCAGCAGGUAAAUAA